UUUAAUGUCUUUAUUACAUAUCUCUUAUAUAUAUGCUUUAUUAACUUUUUCUAUUCAUUUAUAUGUAAACACAUCCAUUUUUGCUAUUUGUAAUGUCUAUCAGCCGUUUGGACAAGUUAUACAGAAGAAUUUUAUUAACAAAGUUCUUCGUAAAAGGCUGGGGAAAUCCAAAUCAUAUACUAAGAUUGUUCCAAUUUCGAAAAGAAAUAUCAAACCGAAAUAAAUGCGUGGACUUAAUUCCCAAAGACUAUCCAGUCACAAUUUUAAAUGAACAAUCAUUCGAAGACUACCAGUUAAUAGAAGGAACAUUUCACAGUCCAUUAGCUCAUUUCUUACCGGAUGUUGUUAUACCAGAAGUGAGACCUGCUCGAUUUCAACUGAUAUUUCCGAAGAAAUGGAAAUCAAAUACGUAUCGUCCCUUGUGCAUACACCUAGCCGGAACUGGGGAUCAUCACUUUUGGAAGCGACGGAACGUUAUGGCUGUGCCACUAUUGAAACACGAUAUAUCCGCAUUGAUAUUGGAGAAUCCAUUCUACGGUCUACGCAAACCCAAAGAUCAGUUUCGUUCUAGUUUGCAUAAUGUCUCGGAUAUAUUCGUAAUGGGCGGCUGUUUAAUGCUGGAGUGUCUGGUCUUGCUUCGAUGGUGCGAAUCUUUGGGUUUUGGUCCACUUGGUAUAUCCGGAUUAUCAAUGGGGGGCCAUAUGGCUUCCUUAGCUGCAACCAGCUGGCCAAAACCUUUAGUGCUUGUUCCUUGUCUAUCUUCGUCCACGGCAUCUGCAGUGUUUACAGAGGGUGUUAUGAGUCAGUCAAUAAAUUGGGACCUUCUCCAAAAACAGUUUAGCUCUGAUAGUAAAUUUUAUAAUACCCUGUCAAAACUGUGUACCAUCGUAGAUGACCCGUUUCAGUGCAAUUUGAGUCUUUUAUCAGAUAUGGAAAUUCCAAAAAAUAAAAAUUCAAGAACUCGGCUAACUCCUUUCGAAUUAAUCAAUUUGUUACGUUCUAAUAAUUAUUCAUCUUUAUCGAAUGAAUUCAGUAACAAAAAAAAUACUAUGAUGGCUUCAGUUUUGAACUUAAAUUUAGUCAACAUAUUGCGCGAUCAGUCUAUCCCCAAGUUGUUGGCUAACUGGGAUGUGAAGAGGCGUGAUGCAGAAGCCGUGUGGUUCAUGAAGGGUAUUAUGGAUGAAUGCACACAUUUGAAGAAUUUCUCAAUACCGUUCGACACCUCACUUAUUUAUGCCAUUUGUGCCCUACAUGAUGGCUAUGUUCCUAACAGCGGCUGUUGUAAAUUAGAAGAUGUGUGGCCUCAAGCGACUAUAAGAUAUGUAAAAACGGGUCAUGUUGGUGCGUACCUGUGGUAUCUUCACUUAUUUAGGAAUACUAUUGUCGAAGCGUUUGAAAGGGCAAAACUUGUGUGCCCUCCACCAGCUGUGACUUUCUCAUAAUUGAAUGAAUACAUUCUUUACCAGUAUUCCUUAAAAUUCAUAUGUGAACUUAUGUGCCUUUGAUCUUUUGUAUGAUUCGCACUGAUUGUACCUGACUGAUUACCGAUUAAUUUUAAAAUGUGAUAUUUUUGAUAUAGUUUAUAAACUUACUAAAAUGUUAUACUUGCUACGGUGAUCAAGUACUGCAUUGAUAAAUUGCAAAGAGUGAGUAUAUAUUCGCUGUUGUGUUUGAUAUUGAAACCCAAUGUUUACAAAUUAGAAAGUGUUGCAACUCAAUACUAAUUAUUCCAAAUUAUAUAUUGGCUGCUGUAUCUGUUUAGAUGAAUAGAAAUUGUAACAAUUUAGACAAAAGCAAUAAACGUAUUUUGUUAAA